AUGAACCCCAAGCAGAUGUGGCUGGGAGUCCUCAGCUCUGCUGGAGAAUUCGUGCUGCCCCGAUAUGAGAAACGAACGCUAGCGACAUCUUUCUCUGAAACUUUCAGGCUUAAGAGGUGCUUUGGUUUUUUCCUGUGUUUGCAGAGGAACCUACUGGAGGAGGAUUCAGAUGAAGAGGAAGACUUUUUCUUGAGAGGGCCUUCUGGACCAAGAUUUGGACCCAGGAAUGACAAGAUCAGGCAUGUGCAGAACCAGGUGGACGAAGUCAUCGACGUUAUGCAGGAGAACAUCACGAAGGUGAUCGAAAGAGGCGAGCGGCUGGAUGACCUGCAGGAUAAAUCAGAAAGUUUAUCAGACAACGCAACAGCUUUUAGCAACAGAGCCAAGCAGCUUCGGAGACAGAUGUGGUGGCGAGGCUGCAAGAUGAAAGCAAUCAUAGCACUGGUGGCGGUCGUUCUCCUGCUCGUGAUCAUCGUACCCAUAGUCCUGAAGUACCAUACCUGA